AUGGAGGGAGGCAGCGGCAGGAAGGUCACCAUCCAGCUGGUGGACGGCGAGGCCGGGGCUGGAGCCGGGGGCCCACAGCUCUUUAAAGGCCAGAGCUACGAAGCCAUCCGAGCGGCUUGCCUGGAUUCCGGGAUCCUGUUUCGUGACCCUUGCUUUCCUGCUGGUCCUGCUGCCCUCGGCUAUGACAAGCUGGGACCCGAUUCAGAGAAGGCCAAAGGGGUGGAAUGGAAGCGACCUCAUGAGUUUUGUGCUGAGCCGCAGUUCAUCUGUGAAGACAUGAGCAGAACAGACGUGUGCCAGGGAAGAUUGGGAAACUGCUGGCUUCUCGCCGCUGCCGCCUCCCUUACGCUGUACCCCAGACUCUUGUACCGAGUGGUCCCCCCCGGACAAGGUUUCCAAGAUGGCUACGCUGGCGUCUUCCAUUUCCAGCUCUGGCAGUUUGGCCGCUGGGUGGAUGUGGUGGUGGAUGACAAACUCCCCGUGCGUGACGGGAAGCUGAUGUUCGUACGCUCUGAACAAAGGAACGAAUUCUGGGCUCCUCUACUGGAAAAGGCCUACGCCAAGCUCCAUGGCUCCUACGAGGUGAUGCGAGGAGGCCACAUGAACGAGGCUUUCGUGGACUUCACAGGAGGUGUGGGUGAGGUCCUCUACCUGAGAAGACACACCCCCGGCCUCUUCGCCGCCCUGCGCCACGCGCUGGCCAAGGAGUCCCUUGUGGGUGCCACUGCCCUGAGCGAUCAGGGUGAGAUCCGCACGGACGAAGGGCUGGUGAAGGGACAUGCUUACUCCGUCACGGGCACGCACAAGAUGUCCCUGGGCUUCACCAAGGUGCGGCUGCUGCGGCUGAGGAACCCGUGGGGCCGCGUGGAGUGGUCGGGGCCCUGGAGUGACAGCUGCCCGCGCUGGGACAUGCUCCCCGCCGAGUGGCGAGACGCCCUGCUUGUCAAAAAGGAGGAUGGCGAGUUCUGGAUGGAGCUUCAGGACUUCCUCACGCACUUCAAUACAGUCCAGAUCUGCUCGCUGAGCCCGGAGGUGUUGGGCCCCAGCCCUGCUGGUGGCAGCUGGCACAUCCACACGUUCCAGGGCCGCUGGGUGCGAGGCUUCAACUCCGGAGGGAGCCAGCCCAGCGCUGAAAACUUCUGGACCAACCCCCAGUUCCGGCUGACGCUGCUGGAGCCUGAUGAGGAAGAUGAAGAUGACGAAGAGGGGCCCUGGGGAGGCUGGGGAGCAGCAGGGGCGCGGGGCCCAGCGCGGGGAGGCCGGGUCCCCAAGUGCACCGUCCUCCUGUCGCUCAUCCAGCGCAACCGCAGGUGUCUGAGGGCCAAGGGCCUCACUUACCUCACGGUGGGCUUCCACGUGUUCCAGAUCCCUGAGGAGCUGCUGGGCCUCUGGGACUCCCCGCGCAGCCGCGCGCUCUUGCCGGGACUGCUGCGCGCUGACCGCUCGGUUUUCUGCGCCCGCCGCGACGUGAGCCGCCGCUGCCGCCUGCCACCCGGCCACUACCUGGUGGUGCCCAGCGCCUCCCGCGUGGGCGAUGAGGCCGACUUCACGCUGCGCAUCUUCUCGGAGCGCAGCCACACCGCAGUGGAGAUAGACGACGUGAUCAGCGCCGACCUGGACGCCCUCCAGAUCCCCUACAAGCCCCUGCAGCUGGAGCUCGCACAGCUGUUUAUGGAGCUGGCUGGAGAGGAGGAGGAAGUCGAUGCUCUUCAGCUGCAGACCUUAAUAAGCGUUGCUCUGGAGCCUGCUAGGGCCAACACCAGGAGCCCUGGAGAAAUCGGGCUCAGGACCUGCGAGCAGCUUGUGCGGUGUUUUGGGCGUGGGCGAAGGCUGACCUUACACCACUUCCAGGAACUGUGGGGCCAUCUCCUGCUGUGGCAGGCCACAUUUGACAAGUUCGACGAAGACGCUUCUGGGACCAUGAACUCCUGCGAGCUGAGGCUGGCUCUGAACGCAGCAGGCUUCCACCUCAACAACCAGCUGACCCAGUCCCUCACCAGCCGCUACCGGGACAGCCGGCUCCGCGUGGACUUCGAGCACUUCGUGUCCUGUGCAGCCCAGCUCACCUGCAUUUUCCGCCACUGCAGCCAACACCUGGAAGGUGGCGAGGGGGUCGUCUGCCUGACCCACAAACAGUGGUCGGAGGUGGCUACCUUCUCAUAGGUCAGAAGCCGAGGGAGGCCGCCCUGCUCCAGGCCUGGAGCUGAAGGAGGAUGAGCAAGUGCCCGCCUGGGUCGAGGGCCCAAUUCCCACUGCCCAGGCGGCAGCAAUGGUGCCUUUCUUCUGGCUGUGCAGCCUCUCCAGUGCUGGGAUUACAGACUC